AUGCCCUCCUUCAAGGCCCUGCUGAGUGCCGGCCUGGCCGCGACCCUCGCCAUUGCCUCACCCAUUCAAUCCCUCGACUUUACCGGCGAUCUUGCCCGUCGUGCGGACCCGAGUCUGACGGGCUACCUCGGCGCUUUCUUCCUGGGCGCUGAGCCAUAUGUCUACCUCUACCUUAGCAAUGGUAACAACCCGACAUCGUUGCGCGCUCUCAACUCCGGCUCCCCCGUGAUCCGACCCACCAAGGGCACUGGCGGUGUACGUGACCCGGCUAUCGUCGAGGGCGGCGGUGCCGAAAAGGGCAAGAAGUGGUAUAUUAUCGGAACAGAUCUGGACAUUGGCAAGACCACUUGGGACGCUGCCCAAAGACAGGGAUCCAAGGGUAUCUUUGUCUGGGAGAGCACUGACCUGGUGAACUGGAGCAAUGAGCGUCUGGUCGUGGUAGAAGACUCCAGCGCCGGCAUGGUCUGGGCCCCCGAGGCCAUCUGGGACCCGUCAAAGGGACAAUACCUGGUCCACUGGGCAUCCAAGUUUUACCCUGCCUCGGACCCGAACCACACCGGCGCCCCCGGCCCCAUCGUGAUCCGCUACGCCUACACCUCCGACUUCCGCACUUUUUCGGCCCCGAAGACCUACAUCGACAAGUCGCCCACCAACAUCAUCGAUCUCAACAUCCUGCCAACGUCCUCUGACGGCAAGUCCUUCGUCCGCUUCCUCAAGGACGAGUCGCUCAAGACUGUUUUCGUCGAGGUCUCAACGACGGGCUUGUUCGGCACCUGGACGCGCCCCGGCGGAAGCUCUGCCAUUAUCCAAUCGGGAGUUGAGGGACCUGCUGCUUUCUGGGAUAACCAGGUUACUGGCCGCGCACACGUCUUGCUUGAUUUCUAUGGUGCCGAUGGCUACAGGCCGUACGAGACGAACAACGUUGCGAGCAACUCUGGCUGGACUGCGAGCUCCAGGACCAACUUCCCGAGCGGAUUGAGACACGGCAGUGUGCUGCCGAUUAACCAGACAUUGUAUGAUGCUCUCGGACAGCGCUUCCAAUGA